AUGGCCUCAAAUAGGCUCCGCGUGCAUGAAUUUUAUAUCCCUUUUGAGCCCCAAUUUGACAUCAAGGACCUUGGUCCUCUUAGUUACUUCUUAGGUUUACAGGUUGUUUCUCAUGAUGGUGUUCUUCAUCUCAAUCAACUCAAGUAUGUUCAUGAUUUGUUACACAAGAGUAAUCUCCCACAUGCUAAGCCCGCUUCCACUCCUCUUGCGGCCAAGUCUGUUCUAACUGCCAGUGAUGAUGACUUGCUCGUUUCUCUCACAGAAUACCAUGAACUUGUAGAGAGUCUUCAAUACCUCACCCUUACCCGCCCAGAUAUUUCCUUUGCAAUCAACAUUGUGGCCCAGUUUAUGAGCUCUUCUCGCUCUCUUCACAUGGUUGUUGUCAAGAGGAUUCUCCGCUAUGUUAAGGGCAUCAUUCACUUUGGCCUCUAUUUUACACCCCAAGGUCCUUCCAUUCGUCUCAUCGUCUACUCAGAUGCUGAUUGGGCUGGGUGCCCAUAA